GUUGUGAUUUUAAUAGGCAUCCUCCGCGAGCGAUAUACAUGCACUCUACUGCUUUAGCGUUAACAAAGCAAGAAUAUCAAUUCCCAUUCAAUGAACAGGAGAAAUACAAAUGAAAAGAAAACAAACAAAUAAUAAAAACAACAAAUAAAAAUAAAUAAAAAAAAACAAAAAAACGUGAAGCAAGGUGUCAGUUAUCGUGAGGAAAUUUUGUUGAACAAGCGAUGUGUGCGAGCUCCUAAAUGUAUGCUUAGAAAGCGUCACACACUAAACUAAAUCAAAAUGAAAUAACAACAACUAAAGUUAAUGUGAAAUUAAAAGCGUUUUCUUAGCAAAAUAAAGUAAACAAUUUAAAUGAGCAACAUCAGCAACGAAAGCGCACAAAAGUUAAGUUAAGUUAAGUGAACAACAAACGUAAAUAAGCGCCAAAAACAGUGCUACAAAUUUGACUAUCAGUCAACGGAAACGCACAACGUCACAAUCAACAUUUAAAGCACAACACCAACGUUAUGAGUGCUAAGCCGCCACCCGCCGCUAAUGCGGACACUGAGAGUCCUAAAAUGGCGCCUGAGAUACCGCGCCUCACUUCGGAGCUCGCCGCACAGGCCGCCAUACGCGCACAGCAAAUCCUACGAAAGCAAGCCUCACAGGAGGAGCAGAGCAACUGCAACGCACCCACCAUGCACUUGCCACCGAAGCCGUUGGGCGCCGCGCCACCACCACUGCCACCGCAGCACAACAAGCCGGUACCAGCUAUACCGGCACGCGCUGCCGACCGUGCACCACCGCCGGAGAUACCGCCAAAACGGCAUAGCCUUAAGAGCUUACCAGAUGGCUUUCCGCUGCCGCCACCCGGCCGCCAACCGCCGCCACUGCCCAGGAAACCUGCCUCCGCGCAGAGCUCCGCACAAAAUAGCGCACAAAACUCGCCACUCACCGGUUUAAAGUUCAAAGAUCGCCCACCAUUGCCACCAGAGAAGCCAAUUGAUGUGUUGAAGCGCAGCUCAAACCCUUUCGAUCCACCAUUGCUGUUGUCGGGCAGCAAUGAAGCGCUGCCAAAAUCGGCGGUGCCAUCACCGGCACCCACACGCGCCAGUGAGGCAAAGAAAGCGGCUGCUGCCGCUGCAGCCGCCGCCGCAGCUGCUGCUGCAAAUUCCACCACCUCCAGUACGCGUCUAUCACCUACGGAGGACUUCGGUUCGGAGGAUGCAUUGCGCGGCAUAGAGAGCGGUCUACGCAAUAUGGAACGCGCCAUGCAAGAGCAAAUGAAUCUGCGUUCAAUGGAGGCAGCAGCAGCCGCUGCUGCUGUGGCAGCACAGCAAAAUAAUUUCGAUUUGAGUUUUAAGGCCGGCUUAGGAGGCAACGCUGGCAUACGCCAUCCACUUACCAAUCUCAAUUUGCGCGGCCCAGCCGGUGGCUUGCCACCAUAUGAACGCAAUCUGUCGCUGGACGAGACUAGCGCACGCGAUUUGGGUCUACUGCAACAAAAUCCGGCUGUGGCUGCUGUGGCCGCUGCCGCACGACAAUCAUUCGAGGAGUUGAAGCAGCUGCGCUCACAGCAGUUGCAGGGCUCUGCGACAGCGCUCAAUCAAAGCGCUGAACACAAUGCUAUGCGCUCUACGAUCGAACACCAUAUGCGUUCCUUGGACCGCAAUCUACCGCUGGAGCUACAAUACAGUCGUCAUCGCGUGCAAGCAUCGCAGGACUUUAGCAAGUCGAAUAUGAUUGCUGUAGGUGGCGGUGCAGGGUCUGCUGGUACUGGCAGUGGCUCCGGCAAUUUAGGUGGUGGAAGUGGUGGUGGUGGCGCUUCAGUUGGAAACGGUGGCGUUGGUGGUGGUGGUCCACCGAUGCCCUUGACCAGUGAAUUUCGUGAGCAAAUACGUCAGCAGCUGCUUGGUAAUGUGCCGGGCAAUGUGAUGCAUAAUACUGGUUUAACGCCGGGCUCGGCAGCGGCCGCUGCUUUGCUGCAACAUCAAGCGCAGUCGCGGGCUGCAGCUGCUGCCGCUGCAGCAGCGGCCGCCGCUCAAGCAGCCGGUGGCUUGACUCGCGAGGAGAUACGUAUGCGGAGACGGUCGUCUCACGAUGAGACUCAGAUCGUGCAGAAUGCCAGUGGCGGGAUUGCGGGUAGGAUACUUUUUCGUAGAUAA